AUGCUGUCUAGAUUUCUCCUGGCUAAUGGUCGGCUACAGUUCGAAAAGUUGUUGGCGCUCUCAUCGAAACCGAGCUGGCGCACGCGCGGGCUGCAAGCGGCAGCCAACCUCACGGGUCUCGAAUUCACCAUUCCAACACAACCACACAAUCCCGAAGAGCUCGUCCAUGCGUUUGAGGAGAUCGGGGUCGGCUCGGGGGCCACUACACCCAAGCAUGGCUCGGCCACAGCCUGGGUCGCCCACCUCGACUUGCUGAAGUACAUCAUCGCGGCGGGGUUCGAGACUGCUUUUAUUGUCGAGGACGACGUCGACUGGGACGUCCGGCUCAAGUGGCAGGUGCAGUUGGUUUCGGACAACAUCCGCAACUACACGCAGGUGCCGGAGAACGACACGGCGCCGUACGGCAGGGACUGGGACGUACUCUGGCUGGGUCACUGCGGCUCGGCCAUCGACGACUGGGUGGCCCCGGGCCUGACGUACGCCGACAAAACGCGGAUUGCGACCAAGCGGUACGUGAGCUGGUCGACCAAGUUCCUCAAGGAGAACGUGCCCGAGGGCCACAGGCACAUCCACAUCUCGACCAUGACCGUCUGCUCGUUCGGAUACGGGGUGACCAAGCAGUCAGCGCAGAAGAUUCUGUCGCUGCUCGCGCAGGGGGCCGACGAGGCCUUUGACGUGGCGCUGUCGCACCGCUGCCGGUCCAACGAGCUGCGGUGCCUGGUGGUGAACCCGCAGCUGAUGCACCACUACGAGCCGCCCAAGGACCGCGGGUACGUGUCGCCCGUCGACGUGGGCGACGGGGACGGCGAAGCCGGCAACGAGACCGACUACGAGUCGGUCAAAGGCACCACGCUGAACAUUGUCAAGAGCGCGCGAUGUCGGGCCCUGUUUCAUGACACGUGUAUGUGA